AUGUCCCCCCCUCGCCCGCGCCCGCCGAUUCCCCUGCCCAUGGCAGGGGGUCGUGCCCAGCCGGGCAACCGUCUUGUCCGCUCGCCCUCGCCGCCUCCCUCUUCGCCUUGGCUGCCUGCCCCCCGCGCGCCCCAGCAACAGCAACAACAGCAGCAGCAUCAACAGCAACAGCAGCAGCAACAGCAGACCGGUCCCCCUUCGCCCGCUCCUCCCCUCCUCUUUGCCGCGGCAGCGGCAGUUGUUGGUUUUGGUCUCGGGGUCGGUGCUGGCCCCUCUCCGGUUUCUGGCCCAGCCAGGGAGGUCAGUGGUGGCCAAGAAGGUGACGGCCGUGACCGCACCACUUUCGAAUUCACGUUCGAAAGCGCGGUCCGGUCGGGCACCAUGGCCCCGCCGACUUCUUUGGCUGGGUCGGAAGCCGGUGGUGGUGGUGUCGGUGCUGGUGCUGGUGCCGACGACGACGGGGACAACGACAAGUUGCCCAAUGGCGUCGGUGGUGGGGUUCCUCACCCGCCGGGUCCGUCGCCUCCGGCUUCGUUGUCGGCUGAGGAGGAUGGGGACGCGGGAGAGGGAAGGCCCAACGGGGGGUCGACGGGGGGUGCUGGUUGGGAUCGGGGUUGUGGUCGUGGUCGUGGUGUGGUCCCUCGCGGGGCCGACAACAACAACAAUGGCAACAACCAACACGGCCACGGCCACGGCCACCACGGCCACCACCACAACAACAACAACAACCGCAGCAGCAGCAGCAACAACAACGCCCGCGGCCGCAACAACAGCGGCAACCACCACCACCAGAGCAGCCGCAGCAACAACAACAACAACAUGCCGGGCGGUGCUCGCUGGCCUCCGCCGCUGUUGCCGCCGGCCAACUUCUCCUCGGGGCCUGGUCUGUAUGGCCAGGUGUAUCUCGUUGGGCAGGGCAACCUGCACUUUGAGACGACCCCGAGGAUGGAGGAUUGGCUCGGCCGGCUCCAAACCCUCUCCGUCGAGCGCCAAGAGGAGGAGGACCGAGAGCGUGCCGCUCGCGAGGCCGUGGACGUCGAGAUGGCCGACGCUUUUCAGAGUGUGGGACUUGGUGCCGAGGCCCAGGACCAGGACAUGGACGUCGAGAUGGGCCAAGAGAUGGGUCGGGAGAUGGACCAAGAGCAGGUCCGGGAGCAUGUUCGGGAGAAUGUCCGGGAGCAUGUUGGGGAGAUUGUCCGUGAGGAGAACGUUGGCGAGGAGAACGCCAGGGUUGGGGAGAAGAGAAGUGCC